AUGUACUUUUUAUUUCAGAGAGAGUUGACAUUCCAGGAUGUGGCCAUCAGAUUUUCUCAGGACGAGUGGGAAUUUCUGAAUGUCACUCAAUGGAAAUUGUACAGGGAUGUGAUGUUAGGGAACUAUAGGAACCUAGUCUCCUCGGGUCUUAUUGUCUCUAAGCCAGACCUAGUCACAUUUUUGGAGCAAAAGAAGGAUCCCGGGGAUGUGAAGGGAAAGGAGACAACAGCCAUACACCCAGGUUCUUGUGAAUAG